AUGCGUCCCUUACUUAUUAGUCAUUAUGUAUGUAGAUAUGUUGAUGAGAGUUAUGUGGCUUCUUCUCAAACCCUUCAUGGUUCUAAUGAUCAACUUGUCUCUGCCAAUCUGGUUUAUGCUGCAUGGUUUAAGGCGGACCAACUCGUUAUGACUAUUGGUCAACCUGUCACCAAUAAUGAUCUUGUUACGACAGUGUUCCUUAGGCUUGGCUCUGAUUAUGCCAAGCUCAUUAUAGUUAUUCUUAAAUUUCCUCAUAUGCCUCUUUUCAAGGAUCUUCAUGCUUACCUCAUCUCUUUUGAGUCUAAAACCAUUCGACCUUCCCCAUCUAUUGCUUAUGCAUUCACCGUCACUCAACAACUUUUUUUUUUUGCUGGUUCCUCUUUCUCUUUUUGCCCCAACUCCCUCCAUCUUAUCAUGGUUGUGGUCUUACUCGCAACCCUAGACGUGGUGUUGGUUGCUUUCAAUCGCAGCCUUGGCAGUUUCCCUUCUCGUAUCGAAUGCCUCGUUAUGAUGCUCCUUAUGCUUCAUUUUCCCAUGGACUUCUUGGAUCUGUUUGGUGGUCCAUUUGUCACGCUACUUGUCAUAAUGUCUCUAUGUGUCAUAAUCGAUUCAUUGCUUCAUAUUCUCAUUUUGCUUGGAUGUAUAUCUCUUACUCCUUUACCUCAUAUCCAUCUACUAGCCUUGAUGUCUGGUAUCCUGAUACUGGCACCACCUACCAUAUAA